AUGGCUGUAUCUAGAAGUGUGCGGCUGGAUAUACACGGUCAGUACGAAGAACCUGUUACGUUGAUGGACAAAUUACGUCAGCAAUACGAACUAAAGAAGCGGGACGGACAAAGAUCUCGCUAUAUGAUGUAUGUGUUCUGGGGUCUGUGGACAUUCCAGGCACCAACACAGUGGUAUGUAGCCCGCCAUCAUCUCUUCCCUUACCUUCUUCAUGAGUUCACGGACAAGACACAGCACUUUGUGGAGGUCCUUUAUCUCUUCUGUAUAACAGAGGCACUUCUGAACCUGUUCUGUUGCUCCAUUUGUAGUUCAACUUAUGUAAAAACAAGGGCCACUAUAGAGGAUCAUAGAAGUAGUGAACACGGUAAGAGUUCUCCUGAUCAGAUUCUACUCCAGAACGGGCACCUGCCAGAUGACGGCGGACUUCCGUGGCGGUAUUGUGAUAAAUGUGAUAUGAUGAUUCCGCCACGAGCUCAUCACUGUAAGAUCUGUAAUGUGUGCAUUCUGAAGAGGGACCAUCACUGCUUUGUUUUAGGGAAAUGUAUAGGACAUUAUAAUCAGCGAUAUUUUGUGGUACUAACGUUUUACGCAACCAUUGUAGGUAUGGGAGGUGUGAUAUUGACGACUUCCUAUCUCCGUCUGUUCUACUGGCCUGACGCCGUGUGGACAGACUUCUUACUUCCGGUCACUAUAUACAGAGGUCUAUUUGGGACGAUGCAGUCCCACAUUGCUAUAAUGAUUAUCCAUAUUUACACAGAGACUGCCAUUGGAAUACUGGGUAUCAUCUUCUUCCCGAGCCAAAUUGUUUCCAUUUACAAAGGUGUGACUCUGUUUGAAAUGAUGAAAGGCCUUUCAGUCUUGAAUACAAACUCCGUCAAUGCUAAUUUUGUGUCGGUUUUUGGUAAUUUUUGGGCUCUAAACUUCAUAUUUCCUAUGACAUUUAUUUGUCGUCAGAAAGAUGGAACCAGCUGGGACGGAGUCAAAUUCAACUAUAACUUUAAACAAAGGACACGAUUCAGUAACUCAUAA